ACUCCUUUUCUUUAUUUUAUUUUAUUCUAUUUUAAUUUAUUUAAUAAGUCCUCUUCUCUUUGGUUUUACUCCCUUCGCUUUCCUUCUCCUGCUUCAGUUACUCUUCUCCAUCUUCUUCAAUAGUGCUGUUUUCACGAGCAGAGGACAUACCCAUGUUUCAGUCCGCAAGUGAAUUGAAGCUUUCAAAUCAUGAUUUGGAAGUUUAAAAUUGAAAAGGGGGGGCUUUGUGAGUUUUUUGCUUAGUUUCAUUGCCAAUUCCUGUUAGAAAAUUGGUUGGUGUAGCAGUUUGGAAGAGUGAAUUUAGGUAGGAAAUGAUGCAUGCCAAGUCUGAUUCUGAUGUCACUAGCUUAGCCGCCUCAUCCCCACCUCGAUCCCCCAAGAGAGCUGUUUACUAUGUCCAGAGCCCCUCCAGGGACUCCCAUGAUGGCGACAAAUCCUCAUCAAUGCAGGCUACACCAGUUUACAAUAGCCCUAUGGAAUCCCCUACCCAUCCUUCAUAUGGGCGCCACUCUAGGGCCUCAUCAGCCAGUCGGUUCUCAGGGACUUUCGGCCAUAAGGGGAGCCGGAAGAGGUUGAAUGAGAAGGGAUGGCCUGAGUGCAAUGUUAUUCAGGAGGAAGGUUCUUAUGAUGACCUUGAUGAAGAUCGUGGGCUCUCACGCAAAUGCCAAGUUGCCAUUGCAUUUGUGGGUUUUGUUCUGCUCUUCACUGUGUUUUGUCUCAUCAUAUGGGGAGCAGCCAGGCCAUACAAGGCAGAUGUUGUGGUGAAGAGCCUGUCAGUGUCUAACUUUUAUGCUGGUGAGGGUUCAGAUAGCACUAAUGUUCCAACCAAGCUGGUCACAUCAAACUUUUCUGUGAAGAUAAGUGUAUAUAAUCCUGCUGCAAUGUUUGGAAUUCAUGUGUCUUCUGGCCCCAUUGAUCUCAUGUUUUCUGAGAUUGCCGUUGCAACUGGACAGUUGAAGAAGUACUAUCAACCCAGAAAGAGCCAUCGAACAGUGUCCGUGAUCUUGGAAGGCGACAAGGUUCCUUUAUAUGGGGCCGGGGCUGGUUUGACUCUUCCCAGCACCGGUGGUGGUACCGUUAAAUUGACUCUAAACUUCGAUAUCAUAACCCGGGGAUACGUCGUAGGGAAGCUGGUGAGGGUCAAGCAUCACAAGCAUGUCUCUUGCCCGAUCACAGUCGAUAUAAGCAAAACCAAACCUAUUAAGUUAUCUCAGCAUUCAUGCACCUAUGAAUGAAUGAAACUCCAAUUUAAAUUAUUCAAAUGUUAUGGUUUUUUUUUUUUUCCCCUUCUAGAUGAAGAUGUUCGUCUUGCAUAUGUAUAUUGUUUGUCAGAGAUCUAUUUGUUCAUAUUAGCAAUAAAAGCAUUUGUUCUGUUGAUGUUUGCAA